UCUCAUUCAGCUGGAAGGACUGAAAGGCUUAACGUCUCAAGAUUUUCCGCAUAACUACAAAUUAUAGCGUGUUUAGGACAUCAUAUCUUAGACUCUGUAGGUGUAUAUACCCUAAUGAAGAUACACUAUAUGUAUAUUCAUUUUCGAGUUGCUUACAUUUUGUAAAUCUGUGUGAUACAAUGAUAGAGUGUGACAGGUCUUCACUUUAGUAAAUCAAGUUAAACUCGCGACUUAAUUGGACUGAUUUAUACUUUUCUAUGCAGCAUUCCUGUAAUUUACUGCAAUUCUAAAAUAUAAAAAAAUAAUCAUGCCACUCCAACUUGAAGCAAUGUCAAGCAGGAAGCGCAGACCCAAUUGGACAGACCAGGAGUGUUAUCUUCUUGCUCAGCUAGUCCACGAAAGAAAAGAAGUCAUCAGAGGAAAGUGCAUCACUGGCUUGUAUGAUAAAAGGCAAGCCUGGGACGAGAUAACCCACACCAUCAACUCAGCCUUUCCACAGAUGCAGCGAACAGUGUCUGACUGCAACAAAAAAUGGGAAAAUCUCCUGGCAAAGUCAAGGGAAGAGAUUAAGCGACAGAAGAUGCAAACAGGUACAGAUGAUAAUCUGUCCCUGGAUCAGUUCAGUGCUUUGACCCAGAUUGUGAUUUCUGUGAUGAACCCUUCAGUACUUCAACAAGAUGAAGAAGACUCUCAACACUUUGAGUUGGUUGAAAGUCAACAAAACAGUGGCACUAAAGAUGGAAACAUGUUCACUGGUGAACAAUUUAAAGGUAAACAUGAGCAAGCAGACCUUGUGCUCCCUGGCUAUGCUGCAGAUCCAUCCACGACUGCACACGGACAAAAAAUGACCCCUUUUUCUAACAUUCCUAAACAACUCCCAGUGCAUUUUAGCCCUCCUCAUCCUGCUGCCUCUGGAGAACAGUCACAUUCCCACUGCUUUCCUUGCACACAUGCAGCACACUGCACCACUUCACAAGAAAGAAUGGAUUUGGAAAUGUCUGUUCUAAGAAGACAGGAGACAGUCCUCAAGCUUCAGGAGGAGUAUUAUACAUUAAAAAUUCAGCGGAUGAAGAAGCAAAUGGCAGAAUCUCCUCUACAGGACUGAAGUGUUUCUACCUGCUGCAUCUGCUUGUGGCUGGAGCACUUUGAUUCUUUUGUUUGUGGUUGGACUAGGCUGCAACUAAUGAUUAAUUUAAUAAUCAAUCUGUCGAUUAGUUUUUCAAUUAAUUGAUUAAUCGGGCAUGUAUAUUUUUAAAAUUUCCAUCCCUUUAUUCAAAAGCAGGAUAAUAUUUCUAAUUAACAGUGAAGAAAAGGCUUAAACAUACAUUUAGCAUGAUUCAGUUACUGGUUUGAGCCGUAACAUCCGUCAGAAAAUAGGCACAAAUCUUGAUCAUUGUUUUCCAAAUUAAAAGCAGAUGUUUGCAAAUGUUUUAUUUUGAUUAAAGUAGGGGACUUUAAUGCAUUCAUCAUGCAUUCUUCAUGAUUAAUUAAUUACCAGCCUUUUGAGUUCCAAAACAAUGUGGAACCUUUGUCACAGCAUGAUUUCCUGCUACACCGAUUACACUGAGAGCUCGGCUACCAAAAUGAAGGAAUUGGAUGAAACAUUGUUGCUUGGGCUGAUGGGAGGCAAAUUUAAUAAUAAUCAGAAUCAAAAUCAUCUUUAUUUGCCAAGUAUGCCCAAAAACACCCACAAGGAAUUUGUCUCCGGUAAUUGGAGCCGCUCUAGUACGACAACAGACAGUCAACUGACAGAGAACACUUUUGAGACAUAAAGACAUUGAGAAAAACAGUCACUGAGCAAUAAAGGGUUGCGAGUUAUCUGGUAAUGCCGGUACAUUUUUUGUUUUGGGUUUUUUUGACAAUUGUGCAAAAAGAUGCAGAGUGCUCUAAAACUUAGAGCAGUUCGAAUGACUAAUAUUACAUUAGUCCGGUGCAAUGACCAUUGUGCAAACGGCGCCGAGACUUCAAGCGAGUAGUACGAUAGUCUGGGACAAUGUUGAUUUUGCAAAUGUUGCAGAUACUCCUCAGUCAGUGUGAAAAUGGAGCAGAUGCUACUCUGACAUGAGUGGCCAGUAUUGGUCAACAACAGAUACGCAAAUAGUGCAGCGUGGCGAGACUACUACAGUGAGUGCACGAGUAAUAUAUAAUUGGCCCGACAGAAAUGUGACAACAAACUCAAGACAAAAAGACAAAAAAUUGCCAGCAUGUUGCAAUGGAAUUGUAGGUUGGGUGUUUAAGAAGUUGAUUGCAAGUGGGAAGAAGCUCUUUGAUGGCAAUACUGUUCUAAAAAAUAAAUAAAAAAAUGACACUUUAACUUUAGGUCUGUUUAAUUUUGGCUAGGGAUAUUUUCUUAGUUUUUCUACUGUUUUGUAUUGAAAUGCAAUUAAAUGCCAGAGUUAAGAAUA